AAAAUAACCGAUUUUUCCAGUUCAAAUCUCUAACAAGUAACAACUUCCUUUCUUCUAGUUAUACUUUUAUAUUUUUAAAUAUUUGUAAUAAUUCGGGUAAAAUUUCAAUUUUGUGGCCGUAUUAGUUUAUUUGCGAAUCGAAUUUUACUUCAAAGUUCAGCUUUGUUUGAUAAAAAAUCGGUAGCAACGUUACCUAAUCUUCUAGCGUACAAGUUCAAUGUAUAUGAUCUGAUCCUUCGAAAUCAAAAUGUUCGGAGGGUAUUCUUACGGAAAACGACACUUGGGGAAAGUUAUACCAACCCAGGACCGUGUGAUAACGAUCGGUAAUCCUCCACCACAUCCAACCAUUUUUGUUGGGCCUGUUACUGUGGCAGAAUUGAAGAAACGAAUGGAAAUUGAUGCUAAAAAACUCGAGAAAAAGAUGCAGCAAAGAAAAUGCUUGGGUGAAAAGAAUCAGAACGAAAUGAUGGAUUUCUCCGAAAACGUACUUACCUGCGCACCUGGUGACAAAGAAAAUGUCCCAUGUGGUGAAACUGCCGCCUCUUUCGCUCCACCUGAUAAUUAUUCGUUCAGCUCUAAAGAUAGCAGUAAUUGUUCUAAUCAUACGUACACGUUAGAUAAUUCGGACCAAAAAUCGCCAUCUCAUAAUUUAAACAGUACCUACGAUAAAUUUGAUGAAACUGAAGACUUCAAUCUACAAAUCGAAAUCACUCAGAACCUUACAUCUAUUCAGGAAAGGAAAUCGGUGAAUAAAUCAAUGUUUCGAAACUAUCGUCAGAACCGUGCAGAUUCCAUGGCAUCCGACAUCCAUAUGCAUGUGGAUAAAACCGCCGAUAUUUCGCAGCUUACCGAUGCGUCGAAUAUGAAUUGUACGAAUAGAUCGGUUUUGCUUUCGUUUAACAAUUUAAAACUGGACGACGAAUGCGGUAAUAUCACAAAUACGUCUAUGAAAGCGUACAAAGAUUCGCCCGUUGCUAAGAUCUUAAUGGAUGAUAAAUUUUGCCGCGAUGGUCGUAGUCCGACGAGAAACAAAAGUAGAAACAGUACCCCGGCUCGUAAAAACGCAUCUUCGAAUGCCGAAAGGCAACCAAGUGCACCUAAUACACCAAAGUCCUCCGUUCGCAAAUCAGUCUCUAAACACGAAGAUAUACCAGCAACACCGGCGACAACUCCAAUUCGUAAAUCCAUCUCCAAGAACAAAGUAGAAAAAUCUUCCACUCCGAAGUCAACGCCGGCUCGUAAAUCUCUCUUCGAGAGCACACAAGGAGGUGCGUCCGCUACUCCGAAGUCAACUCCGACUCGUAAAUCUCUUUUCGACGCUCCGAAGUCUACACCUACUCGUAAAUCUAUCCUCAAAAACACAGCAGAGAUGUUCGAUGCUCCAAAGUCAACACCAGCACGUAAAUCUAUCCUCAAGAAUAAGGACGAUAGUAUAUUAAAGCAGUCUACUGCAACACUAAGAACCAGUUCUUCCUCUAAAAGGAAAUUUUCCCACGUGUUUGACGACGAUUUGUUGAAUACAUCUACGCAAAAUUCGCCGGCGAUUCGUAAAUCGUUAUUAUUGCUCGAUGAAGAUUUGUUAAAUACAUCGACUCAAAAUUCGCCGUUGAUACGUAAAUCGUUAUUAUUGAACAAAGAGAACAUCUCUGUGCGCAAAACACCGGGUAAAAUGUCAGCUACGUUGAUAACAGACCUGAAACCGGAGAACUGCUUGAUUAACAGUUCAUUCCGCGAUUCGACCGACAACUCUACUAAUCGAAGUACGCCCGAUGUAUUUCAUAAAAUUCCCAACGAAAUGUGGAAAUCGCACCUCGAAAAUGUGCCUGAAAAGACAUCUACGACGCCGUUCAAAUCUAAAUUACCUCAAUUGAAGAAGACGCCGAAAAAAUACGAUCAUGUGAAGAGUCCAGUUAGUAAAUAUAUCUAUCGCGGAGAAGGAAUAAAAUCCAUGUCGAAACUCCGUCAUUCUUCUUGCGUUAAUGAGUUAGUUGCGAAAUCGAAAUCCGAGACCAAGAAAGAACAUUCGGAAAGUAAAAAUAAACCUUGUAAAAUACCUCAACGUUGUACCAGUGUGCAAAGAAAGUUGGAUCUUCCGAAGAUGAAGAAGGGUGAGAUUUCCAACCCUUCUGUCGUUUCCAGAACAUCUUCCUUUCGUAACUGAACGUUGAUGGUGUUCUCAAACAUUAAUUAGUAGAUAUGGUGUGGUGUUUUCUUGACUACUUGUAUCAGCUGUUAGAUAUUUUUACGAAUUCAGAGAUUCAUUUUCAAUGUACAUAUUUUUAUGAAAGAAGGAAUUUUGCUGGUAAAUUGCUUAUUCUGUGUAGACUAUUUCGUUUAAUAUAAGAUGUAAAUGUAUGAUUUAUUUUUACCUUUGAUUAUUGUAUUUUGUAAUAUUAUUGGUUUUAUUUUCUUAUUCAGUCAUCAUCGCGAGAAACAGAUCAUUGAUAAUCAUGACUAUUUUUUCAUCUUUCGAUUUUUUACGUGAAUAAAGAUGACUAUCAUUUUCAGGUACUAUUUUUAUGAUUUUGUACGUAGGUAUAAGAGAGUUCAACUCAUUUUGUGAUGUAAAAUCAGUUCAUCACCAGUACCAACUGUUCUAAUUUCUAAAUACUGUACGAUGAUAAUUUUUAAAAUACAUUUAAUAUUUUGUGAA